CCGAAUCAAUUCCGAAGCGAGGCGAUUUCUAAUGUUUUUUUAGCAGGCGGAGUAAGGACUUCGCCUUGUUGCUUUAUCAUGACUACCGAUCUGGAGGAGGAACAGCUGCUCAAGAGCUUCUUCGCCGAGGUCAGUGAAGUCGAGAGAGACAACGAGGUUGCUAGGAUACUUUCGUGCUUCAAAUUGAAUCCUUUUGAGCACCUCAACUUACCCUUAGACUCAUCAAUUGAUGAAGUGAAAAAGCAGUAUCGAAAGAUAUCUUUGCUUGUUCACCCUGAUAAAUGCAAGCAUCCUCAAGCAAAGGAGGCAUUUGCAGCAUUAGCGAAGGCCCAGCAAUUAUUGCUUGAUCCACAAGAACGAGAAUACAUUCUUAGUCAAGUAAAUAACGCAAGAGAAGAGCUAAGGGCAAAAAGAAAGAAGCAAUUAAAGAAAGACAAUGCCACUAAAAUAAAAGCAUUGGUAGACGAGGGAAAAUAUGAGCAUCAGUAUGAGCGAUCCGAAGAAUUUCAGCAGCAGUUGAAAUUAAAAGUUCGUGAGAUCUUAACGGAGCAAGAGUGGCGUCGGAGGAAAAUGCAAAUGAGGAUAUCAGAAGAGGAAGGGCGAUUGAAGAAAGAUGAAGAAGAAACAAAGGAAAUGUGGAAAAGAAAGCGUGAACAUGAGGAAGAAUGGGAAGGAACAAGAGAGAACAGGGUAUCUAGUUGGAGAGAUUUCAUGAAAGGAGGAAAGAAGGUAAAGAAAGGAGAGCUUCGACCUCCAAAGCUCAAAACAGAAGAUCCAAACAAAUCAUACGUGCAGAGGCCCAUAAAACGAGGUUGAAACAAGCCUACCUACCAGUUUGUCACAUAACAAAUCCCAUUAAAAUCUCAAAUAUUUCAGGUCAGAAUGUUCUUCUUUAGAUUGAUCUAUGUAUCUACUACAUCAUUAGCGAUAGUCUCAACUCCAACUUUGUUGAAUAUAAUUAUUUAUAUCAGUUUUUUAUGAAAUUAUUCUAUUUUGUUGCACAAAACAA